CCGAUCUCAUCAUUAUUUGUUACUUAAUUAUCUUCUUUUUCUCUCUAUUAUUAUCUUGAUUUUGUUAGUUUUAUGUGCUCGUUUGCUUUGAAUUUUUUUGAUGGGUCAAUGUUUGUUGAAAUGUCUCUGUUGUUCUUAAACUCCACAGCUAGCCUCAACCAACUGCCCCAUCCCUUAUGGGUUAAUUACGUGUUGUUGUUUGUUAUUAUUUUUGUCUCAAUCACUUUAAAAGUCCCCAAAUUUAUUUCAAAUUGUAACUAUGGCCUUAAUAAUUGUAGAAGAAUUAAUUGUUGAGUGAUCAUUAACUUGGGUUUGUUUUACUACUGAUCACUCGUCUAUUUUCUAAGAAAAUGAUUUUUUUUUUUUAUUAUUUAGUUGUUUCAAAUAUUUAGCCUUCAUUGUUUCAUCAAAGAAUUUUCUUAAAAAAUAUUUUCCAUGUUGAGAGAAAAAAAUAAAAAAAAAAUGUAGGAAAAUCAUUUUCCUAUCAGAAAACAGAAACUAGUCCUCAUUAUCAUCUUUUCUUUAAAACAGUUGCAAUCAGAAAAACAUUUAGCUUUAAAUCAACUUUUUAAAUCAAGUUUUCUAAGUGUUCCAAUUUCCGUACACCAUAGAGGAGGAAAAUGUUUUCUGCUAAAGAAACAGAGCCAGGGUUUAGUUGCAAAGGCCAAUAAACAGAAAAAUUCACUUUAUUAUCACAAAUUCCCAAAUGUAAACUAUUUUAUAGCUCAAUAAAUGAAUCCUGGCAUUACAACUGAGUUGAUCGUUUAGGGGUUUUUCUCAAGACAAUUUUUGUUGACGAUGUUUCUGCGACUUGAGCAUUUCGAACCAUUGGAUACGAGCUAUAGCAAUCCUUCCUGGAAGUUCCUCUUUUUAUUUUUCAUAUUUAUUGUUCUAAUGUGUUCCGGUUCGUGACAAUCUUCGCAAUUUGCAUUUCACAGGCUCUAUUGUUAGAUACAAAUUCAAAGCAAGUUCUAUAUGGAUCAUGGUGCUUCUGCACUCAAUUCUACAUUCUGGACCUUCUCAAGCACUACCAGCUUGGAGACCGCUAAUACGGCCAACUUCUUGGAGCCAGAACCCUUCAUGUCUAGUGUUCUAUAUGACCCUUCACAAUAUUCUCCCUUUAGAGUGGAGACCGCCACAUCAUUAGUACAAUCUGAAAGCUUUCCACUUGAAGGUGGCAAGUCAGGCAGCAGAUGGUUAAUUGAUCCAUCUUAUUCAGUGAAACAUAGAUUGAUGCUAGCCGUUCAAUACUUGAAAGAAUAUGUGGAAGAUAGUGAUGUACUUAUUCAGAUAUGGAUGCCUACUAAGAUAGGAGGUCAAAAUGUGCUCAGUACUAUUGACCAGCCUUACUCCCUCAAUCCGAAUUGCAGGAGUCUUGCAAGUUAUAGAAAUGUUUCAAAAACAUUUCACCUCACAGUGGAGGAGAAUUCAAAAGAGUCAGCUGGAUUGCCUGGUCGAGUUUUCUUGGGGAAACUGCCUGAAUGGACACCUGAUGUUCGUUUCUUUAGGAGUGAUGAGUGCCCUCGAAAAAGUUAUGCCAAGAUGUACAACAUUAGUGGGUGUCUUGCACUGCCUGUUUUUGAGCAAGACAAUGGAAUUUGCUUGGCUGUUGUUGAAAUCGUAACCACUACUCAAAAGAUCAAUUAUAAUCUGGAACUAGAAAUAGUUGGUAAAGCUCUUGAGGCUGUUGAUCUAAAGAGUUCACAAGAUUUCUUCCCUGGUGUAAAGGCUUGCAAUGAAUUCUACCAAAUUUCAGUUCCUGAGAUAUCAGAGAUUUUACAAUUUGUCUGCAAGACACACGGUUUGCCUUUAGCUGUAACAUGGGCCAUAUGUGACUGGCAAGGAGAAGCUGAACACUGGCAAUUUUCUGAGAAGUAUGAUUAUUGUAUAUCCACUGUGGAUUCUGCUUGCUAUGUAGCUGAUAGUGAUCUCCUAGGAUUCCAUGAAGCAUGCUCUGAGCAAUACCUUUUUCUAGAUCAGGGGAUAGUUGGCAAAGCAUUCACAACAAACAAGCAAUGGUUUGCUACUGAUAUAACCUCCUUUAGCAAAGCAAAUUAUCCUCUCUCUCACCAUGCUAGGAUGUUUAAUUUGCGUGCUGCUCUGGCAAUUCCUCUACGAAGCAUAUAUACUGGAUUGAUUGAAUUUGUCUUGGAGCUAUUCUUUCCAAGGGAUUGCAACGAUAUUAAAGAGCAAAAGCAGUUCUGGGAUAUGUUGUCCAUCAUCAUACAACAGACUUGCAAGAGUUUUCAUGUGAUUAUGGACAAAGAGCUAGAUGAUAAAGUCAGUGAGCAAAUGGAACCUUCAGAUGGAAGGCAAAAUAAAGAAAAAAUACAGAAUCUUGUGUCUUCUCCUUCUAAUGAAUCUCAAGAGGAAUCAUCCUGGACUCCCCAUGAGAGGGAUACUCAGAAGAAGGACAGUUUUGCUUUCAUAUCAUGGGACUGUACAAAAGAAGAACCUGAAGAUGAGUUCAAUGUUAUAACUCAUUGGGAAAACAAUGGGACGGACUUAUACCAAGAGCAGGUUUUUUCAGAUUUGGGGCAAGUUGAACAAAGCUCUAUGCUUAAACCAGGUGUUGAGAGAGCAGAAGAUUUUUCUGUUGGUCAGCGUUGCUCGUUAAGCAGCAAAAGAGCAGGCGAGAAGAGACAGACCAAGAUAGAGAAGACAAUCACUUUGCAAAUUCUUCGACAGUAUUUUGCUGGUAGCCUUAAAGAUGCUGCUAAGAGUAUUGGAGUAUGCCCCACGACUCUAAAAAGGAUAUGCAGGCAACAUGGUAUCAACCGAUGGCCUUCUCGAAAAAUCAAGAAAGUUAAUCACUCUUUGAGGAAACUCCAACUAGUAGUCAACUCCAUCCAUGGUGCAGAGGGCCUCAUUCAGAUGGAUUCCUUUUGUAAAGGCUUCCAAGAAUUGAGCUCACCAAAUUUUUUUGGGAAGGAUCCUUUGUCAUCGUCCAAGAUUUGUGAAAAUUCCAAAAGAUUAAAACCCCAACCAGAGGGGGGCCUGCUCAGUCUCAGAGGCACAGAUUCAAAAUCUCAGUCCUCUUCGAGCAGUCAGAAUUCUGGUUCAGCCAUCUAUUGUUCCAAUGAAGAAAAGCAGCUUACCACCAACAAUGGCCUGAAUACUGGAUCUUCUUUAGCAAUAGAAGACCCCAUCCUGGAGCUGAGGAGAACUUAUAGUAAAGCAGAACUGUAUUCCCUGAAUCAGGAGGAACCAAAGAUUUUACGACACUUACCAAAAGCUCCUGGCCAUAGUUUACGAGAUGGUGUGGCCUUCAGAGUCAAAGCCACAUAUGGAGAAGAAAAUGUACGAUUCGGCUUCCUGCCAAAUUGGGGUUUCAAGGACUUGCAGCAAGAGAUUGCAAAGCGUUUCAAAAUAGAUGAUUUCAGCAGAAUUGAUCUCAAGUAUUUAGACAUUGAUCAUGAGCCUGUUCUUUUGACCUGUGAUGCUGAUCUUGAGGAGUGUAUAGACUUGCUUAGUUUCUCUCAAUGCAGCACCAUCAAAAUAUCUCUUCAUGAAGUUUCCCAAUCAAAUCUAGGAAGGUCAUUCAGCAGCAGAGGUCCAUUCUAAUGCCAUAAAAAAUUUGGUGGUUCAACUUCAGAGGUAGAUAUGCAGUUAUUUAAAAUUUUUGGUCUGGAUUAGGUAGAGGUAGAGAGACCUGCCCAUGGGCUUAUUCAGAAUUGGAACCAAAUUGGAACUGGUCAAAUCUGUGUUUGACUCAAACCAUAAAUGAAUUGAACUGAAAUUGAGCUGGAAUUGUCCAA